AGAACGAGGCUGCGUGGGUUUGAGAACCCCCUCCUUACGCGGUAUUCCGCGGAUACCUGCCAAGAAUCUAAAACCGAGAUAUCGCUCCCGGUAUUCCGCUGAAUAGUAAUCGUUUUGCUCGCCACUUCGAGGAAGCUAGAAGACCCAGAACGUGGUAGCCCCGGAUAUGGUUUGAAGCUUGGGAAGCUUCUCUGUCUUCGUUUGCCAGGUCAGACUCUGUUCUCAUACGGCCGUGGUUCGAGCUGACGCCACAUAUUCGACCUCCGCACCCCAGAUCCCCAGAUUCAACUAAGUUUUUGCGAACUUCCAUUCAGACACCAAGCGAAGACAUGAGAUUCGGGUGAAAAGGUGCGAGGAAGGAUGAUUCUUCUUUCAAUGAUGCGCCGGUAGCAAGAAUCAACUCUGCUCGAUACCAUCAGAGAACCAACAAGAUACACUUCCUGAAAGUCACUUUCACUUCUUGCGACAGAAGUAGCAAUGCAUGCCUCAACGGCGAAAACUGCUGCAUCGGCUAUGCCCGAUAGCAGCGUCGAUGUCACUCACUGGUGGCGACAGAAGAAUCUGCGCACUCUCAACCUCCUUUUGAUCUUUCCACUCCUGUCCAUUUUCACUCAAAGGGUAAAUUAUCCAGCUGUACAUCAAUUGUAACACCGCUAAUUUGUAACUUUCAGAUAUGAUGAAUCCAUGAUGAACGGUCUUCAGGCAGUUGAAAGCUGGAGAUCGUACUUUGGAGAACCUAAGGGCUCGACUUUGGGCCUCUUCAACGCAGCUUACCCAAUCCGCGGUCUUUGUGCUAUUCCAUUCCUCUCAUUCGUAUGUGAUGGAUUUGGCCGACGUGCAAGCCUCGCAACUGGUGCAGCAAUCUGCUGUCUUGGUGCCACGCUUCAAGCUGGUGCUGCACACCUCCCGAUGUUCGUUGUUGCUCGAGGUAUUCUUGGUUGUGGAACGGUUUUCCUUGGAUCUUCAGGAGCUCCUUUGAUAACUGAGAUUGCACAUCCAUCCCAGCGAACAACAGCAACUGCUCUCUUCAACACUUCAUAUGCUCUCGGCUCGAUCGUUGCGGCCUGGACUACCUUUGGUACAUUUCGGAUUUCUGGAAGCGCUGCCUGGCGAAUACCAUCUGCAAUUCAGGGUCUCCCUUCGAUCAUCCAGCUUUGUGGCCUCUACUUCGUACCAGAGAGCCCUCGAUGGUUGAUCUCCAAAGAUCGCAGCGAAGAAGCUUUGGCGUUUCUCACGAGGUACCACGCUGAAGGUCGCGAAAAUGACCCCAUGGUUCAAUUCGAGUACAACGAGAUCCAGGAUGCACUAGCAUAUGAGCGCAGCAUCGACCGAGGAAGUUGGAUCCAGAACUACGUCGAGUUCAUCCGCACCGCUGGAAACAGAAAACGCCUGUUCAUCCUUCUCUGGACGGCGUGCAUCGCUCAACUUUCAGGAAAUGCAUUCAUUUCUUACUACCUAUCACCGGUCCUGACCUCAGUGGGCCUCACAACCAGUCUCGAACAGACAUUGAUUAACGCAACUCAGCAAAUGCUAUCCUGGGUAUCGGCCCUGUACUUCGCAACUCUUCCCGGCAAAAUCGGACGAAAGCCUCUUUUCCUCGGCUCUCUUUCCUGUAUUCUCGUCUGUCUUGUAAGCAUCACCACAGGAAGCGCUAUUUUCGCCAAGGAUUCCAGCAACAAAGCAUCUGGUGGAGCAGUCGUUGCAUUCCUCUACCUCUUCUCGCCAGCUUACAAUCUCGGCCUGAACGGUAAUCUUGGUCUCUACAUUACCGAGAUCCUGCCGUUCCAUCUCCGUAUGCGAGGCCAAGGCCUGCUACCAGCUGUUCGCAACCAGCUUUACGCUCCUCACGACCUAUGCGUUCCCAGUUGGACUCCAGAAUAUGACUUGGAAGUUUAUCUCAUUUGGCUGCCGUGGGUUGUUGUUGAGAUUGCUGUGGUCUGGUUGGUGUAUCCCGAGACUAGAGGUCCCAGUUUGGAAGAGAUUGCUGAAAUCUUUGAUGGCCCGGGUGGAUCGGGAGUUCUCAAUGAGAAGGUUGAUGUUGAGCACGCCGAAGUGGUUGAGGUAAACAAAUCCGAGAGAAUUUCCACUAUCGCCUACUUCAAGUAAGCACAAGACUGGUCGGGCUGGGAAAAUAUUUGGUGGUUUCGAAUGUGGUCUGCAGGGGUGAAUAAAGGUGUUGGACUGGUGCAAAUAUUGAACACUCGUGUAUCGGUAUUAGCAAGAAUCCAUCAUUGACAAUAUUUGCUUCAUGUCCAUCAGAGUUCCUCGGCUUUCAAGAAGAGGGCUUGGCAGAUGAAAUUCUAAAUUGCGCUGUAGAAAUGGUAGUUGAUAUUGCUACCACAACUUGCUGAUGUCUUUCGUAAUAUAAUGUUUAAAUAUAGCGGAAUCAAAGAUCAUGCCUGUGCCGUGUUCAUUCAUGUCACUGUUGC